GACGUUAGCGACGAGAACAAAUAAAAAACACAGCGAAGAAAAAUACAAAACACUCCGCAAACACGGGGGGUGCUGAUCUAAUCAAUUUUAUCAGUGUGUGCGACCCCGCAAACAAGCGCUUGCAAUGCACGAAGUGUAGCUAAUCCAUCGAAGCAACUGUCCGCGGAUUCCGGUGAAAGUGGUUUCGUCCAAAACGCAUCGCAGCAGUAGCAGUAGCAGCAGCAGCAGCAACAGCAUCGCACAUGUGACUCGAACGUGGAAACGCGGUAGUUGUUGUCCAAAUUUGGUCCCAAGCUACAGGCGCAGCAUUGUGUCCGUGCUGGUCAUCGCUUAUAUAACUGCCAGGGAAUCAUAUUUCGGCACUUCUGACGGUGGUGCACCCGGUACUGAGCGAGGCAAGUAUGGCUCCGAUCACACCACGAGCAACGGUCGGGUUCUCGGUGCAUUCGCUGCCAUGCUGCUAGGCGCUCGCGGAACAAUCGCUUCACAAUUUAACUGCUGCUGCUGCCGCCCACAUCAACACCCACACGCCCACACCUGUUGUGUAGUGGAACAUCAACAAACGGCUUUUGUUCGCCCCCGCGCGCUGCGUUUGUUUCGCGACAAUCACCAAUGGCAAUUGUUCGGGCCGAACCGACCGGUGUGCCGCCGACAGUGACGGCCGUCGCGAGCCCCCCACCGACCACCGUGCCGAUCUUCUGCUGGCGGGAGUUUGCGUGCGGCUGGGGAGCGGCCUUCGUCAACAUUACCGUCACGUACCCGAUCUACAAGAUGAUCUUCCGGCAGAUGCUGCACGGGGUGCAGCUAACGCAAGCGUUCGGCCAGCUGCGCAGCGAAGGCAUGCUGUACCUGUACCGUGGCAUUUUCCCACCGCUGGCCCAGAAAACCAUCUCCCUGUCGCUGAUGUUCGGCGUGUACGACAGCACCCGGCGGCCGCUGGUCGAGUACUGUCACGUGAACCCGUACACGGCCAAAACGGUGGCGGGCAUGGUGGCGGGAACGUUCGAGGCCGCCCUGAUGCCAUUCGAGCGGGUGCAGACCCUGCUGGCGGAUGCAACGUACCAUCAGCGGUAUCGCAACACCCACCAUGCGUUCAAAAUAAUCAUUCUGGAAAACGGUAUUAAAGAGUUGUACCGGGGGUUAGUGCCGGUGCUUUGGCGCAACGGACCAUCGAACGCUAUGUUUUUCGUGCUAAGAGAGGAAGCCGACAGUCGUCUACCGAAACGGGUUUCGAUACUGUCGCAACGGACGCAAGAGUUUGUGGCGGGUGCCUGCAUCGGUGCAUUUAUCAGCUCGCUGUUCUACCCGCUGAACGUGGUCAAGGUGACGAUGCAGUGCCGGGUCGGCGGACCGUACGACAGUAUGUGGACAGCGCUGCAGCAGGUGUACAAUGAUCGCGAUCGAAAGCUGCGAAAUGUGUACAAAGGCGUCAGCAUGAAUUGCACACGUGCGUUCUUCAGCUGGGGCAUUAUGAACACGGCCUACGAGCAGCUGAAAAAGGUGUUCUAUUAAGGUGUCGGUGGUGGUGGUGGUGUUGGUGGCCCCAUGAGUCAAAGCCCCCGGUAGUAUAGAAGGGCCGGUAUUAUAGUACGUUUGUAAAUAGUUCGAUCGUUUAGGAAGGGCGUUACACAAGCGGUCUGCACAACUUUGGCACGCACCAGUCACUGAGGGCGGAUGGAACGGACGGUGUGGCCACAUCUCUCCUGCCAUCUCUUUUAUUUAGGUUAGCUUUGUCGGCAUUAGCCAGACAAGGCAAACAAGCAUGAGAUUUAAGUAUACCCCAUCAAUCGUGUGUGCGUUUGUGUGUGUGUGUGCUAUACCUUCUCUCCUCAUUUUGCAUUUAAUGCGCUCCUCACCCUGGAUGCUCCGUGUACAGAUGAAGCUGCUGUUUUCAUCGCUUUAAGUGCUUAAAGUAUUCAUCUCACCUCGUGUUGUUGGCUCUCGCCCGUUUGUAAAUAUAUAUAUCGAUAUGUAUAUACAUGUCCACAUCCCGCACACAGUUCACUGUAGGGCAAUGUAUAGCCCUACACGGCCCAGUAGCCCCCCUACUCCUCGGAAGUAAUCGUUUAGCUAAUGCUGUAGUGUAGUGCAAUUUGCUUAGAAAACAGCCGGGGUAAACAAAACGGAGAGAACACGUUGCUUUAAGCUCUACCCUCUACCGUUCCCAAAGGAAUAUGCCCAAUGUUAUUGGGCAGUGUCGUACAA